AUGCCCGUUGUUGCAGGCCCUGCCCCUGGCGGAGGUGCCCACGGCCCUUCGACCUUUGACAAGAUGAAAAUGGGUGGAUUGAUGGGCUCCACUGUCGGUGGAAUUAUGGGCUUCAUCAUUGGAACUGUGACCAUCUUCCAGUAUGGUGCUGGGCCUAAUGGUGUCAUGCGCACCCUGGGCAAGUACAUGCUGGGUUCCGGUGCGACUUUUGGGUUGUUUAUGUCCAUCGGCAGCGUUAUCCGUACCGACGGACCCCACAAUGAUGCCUGGCUCCGCGCCCGUGGUCCUCCUAUGAUGCUCCCUCGCCAGAGCCCUCUGCGGGCAAUGCGUCAAUAA